AUGCAUCCGAUUGUUUGUAAUGGUAACAAAUUGAAAUGGAAGUUUGGCAAUAUCAAAAAUUUGGGCGAAAAUAAAUUGUCUAGUGAUAAAUUCACAAUUGGACCGGUUGAUUGGUUAGUUUCCCAUUUUUUCCGCGAAAAAACAAUCCUGAUUGAUAGUUUUCAGGGUCAUCGAUAUCUCUUCGGAAACUACGGACAAUGUGAAGUUUCUGACAGUCUGGUUGAGAUAUGAUUCAGCGAACAAAGCUCAGGAUAAUUGGGUUUGUGAUGCCAAAGGAAAAUUCAAAUUAUUGAAGCAACGCGGGUCUGGAAAACAUACAUCGCAAGAUUUCGAGAUUCGCUAUCAUGGAAGACGUAUGAUUUGGGGAGCACAUAUGUUGCAGAUGGUGAAGGUUUGGGAUAGAUCUAGUGGUUUUAUGAAAGAAGAUUCGCUGAUUAUUGAGAUAGAUUUAAGUUUCAAGUAUCAUGAUUUUUCGAAAAAUAUCGAAAAUUUCACUGAUAUUCGAAUCAAUGUCGAAAAUACUGAUUUUUAUUUGAAUAAAGGAGUAAGUUUUUCGUUCUAAUAUUCAUACAAUCUUUGGUUUUUCAGAUACUUUGCUCGAAAUCGGAGUAUUUCUACAAUUUAUUUGUCAAUGAUAAAUACACGGAGACUUCCAAAAAGUUGCUUGAUAUUACUGCGGAUGAAUUCAGUAUAAUUCUCGUUCCCUAUUCUUUUAUUGAUCCAGUCUUUGGUAAGUUUUCAAUUCACAAACUUUGAUGGUUCUGGUUAAAAAUCUAUAAUUUUCCAGAGGACUUUUAUAAUAAAUUCAUUGAAGUUGCUAAUAAUUACGGUGUUCAAUCACUUCAUGACACCUGUGAGAAAUAUUUGAUUUCUAAUGAGGAGAUGGGAAUUAUGAAAAAAAUAAAAUUUGCGGAGGAUAAUGGUUAUGCAAAGUUAUUAGAGACCUGCAUCGAGAAGUUCAAAUCUCCAACUGAAAUCAAGAACUUGAAUACUGAUCCAAGAUUUGAUGAAUUGAAAGAUGAUACGAAAUUGAAAAUAAUGAAUAAGUUGUUAGAUUUUUAUUGA